AUGGGGAAAGAAAGCAGCAGCAGCAGAGUUACCUCGACAGCAGCGAUUCUGAGCACCAUCGUCAUCAUCUCGAAUCUACUGCUCUCUGCCACAACCGCAGCGGCGUACUCCUUCUGGCCGUACCACCAUGUACACGUCACCAACGAGCUCACCGGCGGGAAGGUGUUGCUUGUCCACUGCAAGUCCGGCACACGCGAUUUGGGAGUCCAGAACAUCACCCCGACCAACGAGUUCACGUGGCGGUUCCGGCCGGGGUUUCUUUUUGUGUCGACUCUGUUCUGGUGCUACGUAGCCCCCGACGGCGGCCGCCACAUCCACUUCAAUGCGUGGACGGAUCAUGUGGCAGAAAAGUAUGAGUAUGGUUACAGCAUCUCCUGGAUUGCUAAAGACGAUGGACUUUAUGUAAGAAUUCCAAAGAAAGGUGAUCAAUAUUGGCAAAUGUGGGAUCAGGGGAGGAUAAUGGAAAAUGACAAGAACUCUUGA